AUGGUGUUCACUUUCAAGUGCAGCGAUCCUCGAUACGAGAUCUACAUGGGUCGCGACAAGUUCGAGAAUGAGGAGUUGAUCGCGCAUGGCUGGCAGGAGGAUAUCUGGUUCCACGUUGACAAGCUCUCCUCUGCGCACGUCUACCUGCGGACGCCGGCGCCUGAGCAUGCUGUGCAGGAUGAAAAACAGUAUCCAGACUUGGCUGCAAUCCCCCAAAAGGUCCUCGACGAGGUGGCUCAGCUGACCAAGGCCAACUCUAUCGAAGGCUGCAAACAGCCGCAAGUCGACAUCGUCUACACGGCUUGGUCGAAUUUGCGCAAAGGCCCACACAUGGACAUUGGCCAAGUCGGAUUCAAGGAUGAAAAGCGCGUCCGUCACAUCAAGCACGUUGCGAAGGACCGCGAACUCCUCAAGGCAAUCGAGAAGACACAACAGGAACCGAAGAUUGACUUGAAAGCUGCGCGAGAGCGACGCGAUAAGGAGCAGAUUCAGAAGCGCAAGCAUGAGCUGCGACAGAAGAAGCUCGCGGAGGAAGAAGAAGCGCGCAAGAAGGAGGAGGAAAGACAACUGCGGUGCUACGCUUCGCUCCAGAACGUCGAGCCUGAGUACGCCCCCAAAGGCGACGGCACCAUUGAGAGUUGCCGCGCGAUUGAGGAGGAUUUUUUGUGA